UGUAACUGACAGUUAGUGGUUGUUCCGCGCAGCGUGUGCCACUGAGAGCCGAUUGCCCGAUGCCAACUCCCUUCCCCGAUACCCUCCGUAUGAGCUGGGACCAUGAGUAAAAGCCAGAAUGGGUGCAAGCCGGUCUCCAUCAACUUCACUAUAGACAGCAUUCUGAAUCUGAACUCCAGCAGGACAGACAGAGUCCAACCCAAUGAAGCCUUCUCCCAGCGGAACCCGGCGGGCCAACUCCUCGUACAGCACCGCGGAGAGGAAGAUGCGGAUGAUCCGCGGGCAGAGAGGAGAGUGCGGUUCCUCGGAGAGCACGGGAACAGGCAUUGUCUUGUGACCUCUACGCAAGGUCUUGCCUACUGCAUGGAUCAGCUGCCAAAGCACAGAGACUUGCCCUGUAGAGCAGAAAGCCCUGACAGUUUGCUUGAUGAACCCUCUCCCACCCCAGAGAAACCCAACAAAAAGAACAAGCUUCUAGCCAAGAAGAAGACUCGCACAAUCUUCUCCAAAAGUCAGAUCUUCCAGCUGGAGUCCACCUUUGACAUGAAACGUUAUCUCAGCAGUGCAGAAAGGGCCUGCCUUGCCAACUCCCUGCAAUUAACUGAAACUCAGGUGAAAAUCUGGUUCCAGAACCGAAGGAAUAAACUUAAGAGGCAGAUGUCUGCAGAAUUAGAUGGCCCUGUACCUUUGGAACAGACUGAAGAGGCCAAUCAUGGGGUGGCUCUGCCAGUCAUUUAUAAGGACAACUCUUUCUUGACCAGAUGUGUAUUGCCAAUGACUUUUCCAAUGAUGUACCCUGGAAGCACAUUUCCAUACCUGUGUUUUCCAUCACCAAACAAAUACUACAGUCUCACACAAGGAGAUGGAUAAAGGUGGGGAAAUACAGCCCAUCUUUGACAGUCACCUGAAUCCCUGUUUUCUUGGGAUGUUUGCUGCAAUAUGCUUUUCUGCCUAUCUUACUUGCUUCCUGUAUUCAGUAACACAGAGUUAUCUUUAGGGGAUCAAGGCAAGUUUAACACCCAUAAUUCUCACAGAUAGUAUAGUAGGGAGAGAUGGUGCCUAUAGUAACAGUGGAUAAUAGUCUCUGGGAAGGGAUUGUGACUGUGGGAUA